ACGGCGUGCCGGGGCCGCCGCCAGGGGGAUGCGGCGGCUGCUUCCCCGGGCCGGCGUGUAGCGAGGGCGGGGCCCCGGCCUCGGGAGCGCGGCGGUGGAACGGGGGACGGAGGCGGCGGCCAUGGCGACCCCCGGCCCCUUGGGGACCUCGGUCCUCGCCAGCAAGACCAAGACCAAGAAGAAGCACUUCGUGGCGCAGAAAGUGAAGCUUUUUCGGGCCAGCGAUCCGCUGCUCAGCGUCCUGAUGUGGGGGGUCAACCACUCGAUCAAUGAACUGAGCCAUGUUCAAAUCCCUGUUAUGUUGAUGCCAGAUGACUUCAAAGCCUAUUCAAAGAUAAAAGUGGACAAUCACCUCUUUAACAAAGAAAACAUGCCGAGCCAUUUCAAGUUUAAGGAAUACUGCCCGAUGGUUUUCCGGAACCUGCGGGAGAGGUUUGGAAUUGAUGACCAAGAUUUCCAGAAUUCCCUGACCAGGAGCGCACCCCUUCCCAACGACUCCCAGGCGCGGAGUGGGGCUCGAUUCCACACGUCCUACGACAAAAGGUACAUCAUCAAGACCAUCACUAGUGAAGAUGUCGCCGAGAUGCACAACAUCCUGAAGAAGUACCACCAGUAUAUAGUGGAGUGUCAUGGAGUCACCCUUCUCCCCCAGUUCUUGGGCAUGUACCGACUGAACGUUGAUGGUGUUGAAAUAUAUGUGAUUGUGACAAGAAAUGUGUUCAGCCACCGGUUGUCUGUAUAUAGGAAAUAUGACCUAAAGGGCUCCACGGUGGCCAGAGAGGCGAGUGACAAAGAAAAGGCCAAAGAACUGCCAACUUUAAAGGAUAAUGAUUUCAUUAACGAGGGCCAAAAGAUCUAUAUUGAUGACAACAACAAAAAGGUGUUCUUGGAAAAACUGAAAAAGGAUGUGGAGUUUCUUGCCCAGUUGAAGCUCAUGGACUACAGCCUGCUGGUGGGAAUUCACGAUGUGGAGCGUGCUGAGCAAGAGGAAGUAGAGUGUGAGGAAAAUGAGGGAGAAGAAGAAGGGGAGAGCGACAGCACCCACCCUGUGGGGACCCCUCCUGACAGCCCUGGAAAUACGCUCAACAGCUCCCCACCCUUGCUUCCCGGAGAGUUUGAUCCCAACAUCGACGUGUAUGGAAUUAAAUGCCAUGAAAACUCACCCAGGAAAGAGGUGUACUUUAUGGCCAUCAUCGACAUCCUGACUCAUUAUGAUGCGAAGAAGAAAGCUGCCCACGCUGCAAAAACUGUUAAACAUGGGGCUGGCGCCGAGAUCUCCACCGUGAACCCCGAACAGUAUUCAAAGCGCUUUUUGGACUUUAUUGGCCACAUCUUGACGUAACCUCGUGCUGGCCACGCACAGACGUGGGCUUCGGAAAGGACAGAGGUGGCGCCGGUGGAAGAAGAGACAGAAACCAAACUCAGCGAAGCACACCUCCUCGUUUACAUCUCCGGGCCAAGAGGACCAAUGUGGGGGGGCGGGGUGGGGGGGGCUACUCGCUUUAACAGCUACCUGGUCAUUCCCAGCAGCGUUCUAGCUAUUUCUGACUACAGGCAGGCGGGCGGGCCUGCAGUAGGGGCAAUCCUAACCAUUGAUUAACUGAUGAGAAACCCCCACCUCCAUCUUCAUUCAGAAUGA